ACCGAGCGGCUGGCGCGGGGGCGCGCUCUCCCCAGGUAGAAGCUGCCUGGGAAGAGGGGCGGCCGCGGCGGCGGCGGCGGCUGCUGCUGCUGCUACUACUGCUGCUGCUACUGCUACUGCUAUUGCUGUUACUAUUACUCCGGCAGCGGCGCAGCCCCUGGAGUCAGGUCCUGGAGCAGCAAAGAACAGAAUGGAGUUCUCUUGUUGGUGAAUUCUAUCCCAGGAACUUCCACUUUGGGUCUUGAAAGGCUGCCUCUGUGUAUGUAUAUUUCUGUGCACAGGCUUCUGGAUUGGAGCAAGCUGUGUGACAGACAUCAGUCAAGGGGACAAGGGACUCCUGAGGAGUGAGGCCUUGGAUAUACUGUAACCCCAGCAGGUCAGGGUCAUGGGUCGCCUAGAUGACUAUGCCAAGAAGCGAAUCGUGGAGCUUCGGAAAGCAGGGCUGAGUUUUCGAAAGAUCAAGAAGGUCCUGGAGCUUGACAACAUCCGUGUCACACCACAGGCCAUCUAUCUUUUCUUGAAACGGAAGAAUAUGGAUCCUGGCCCCCUGCCUGGCAGCAGCCAUCCCCUCCCUCCCAGGGACCAGAACAGUCGGCUGCUGGCACUCAGGAGAGCUGGCUGGGAGGAUGAGCAGCUUUGGGACUUGUUGCAGGAGAGCGAGGUGGAGCCAAAGGAAUCCUUGGAAAGCCAGCCAGCUGGGCCUAGGGGAGAGACUGGAGCUGGUCAGAGCUGGGAUGGCGAAGAGGGCAUUAAGAUUGUCAGUGUGAGAUCUCUGUGUGAGGAUGGUGUAGCCCACCCCAAGGAUGCUUGUUCCAGUGAGGUUCCCCGAGCCUCAGCUAACAGUGAUGCUGGUAUUGGGCUGGUGGCUCCUGGUCCAGUGAGCCAGCCUGCUUCCCCUCAUCCACUGAAUCGGGGGCGGGCAUGUAUGCCUUCACCACGGAACUCUGCCCUCAUUGUCAAGAAGAAGAUUGUGGACAGAGCCAUCUAUCUCCACAAAAAAGCUACUGUACAGAAUGUACAAAGGGGCACUGGCUCCUCUUCUCUUCCUCUUCUGGUAGGAGUGCAGUCUUCUGGGCCUGGCCCUGGCCUGCCAGACCUUAAGGAUUCCAGCCCCCAAGUUCAGGACAUGAGCACUCAGACCCGUCUGCCUUGUGCCAGUGCCCAGGGCUUGGCUGAGAAGCUGGAUGCGGUACAGGGGGCUGUGCAGCAGGUCCUGCAGGUGCUCCAAAUGCUGACAGAUCAACAGAGCCGGCUGGAACGGCAGCAGGAGCAGCAGCAGCGUUGGCAGCAGCAAGUGCUGGGUACUCUGCAGCAGCUUAGGGAGCCCACCCACAGUCAGGGCCCUGGAGCCAGGGAAACCCAGGACCUAGGGAACCUUGGGACUCUGGAAGGACCUAAUUUCUGCCAAUUUAAGAUGGAACUUCUUUGACAGUGGUGGGAAGGACCCCCCACAUAGGGGCGGCAUACCUGAAGGAGCAGGGCCUUCAGCUUUGAGAAAAAGAGGUCUGUGCUUUGGGCCCAUCUCAGCUGAAGACAGCCCUCUGAGGAGCGAGGUGAGGGCAGGAAACACUGCCCCCGUCCCCUCCCCCCUGGCCCUUGCAUCUGUGUGUACCACAGACUCCAGCCCCACAUCCUUUUCCUGUAUUGGUGCCGUCUUUGAUAAGCCCCACCCAGCUGCAGGGGUUGUGGAGGGUGUCGAAGGUGGCCUGGGAUUUGGGAGCAGGUGACCAAGGGAGGCUUUGUGACCUUUUCCCUUCCCUGGGUAUGGGGCUUAGGCUCUGGGAGAGUAGGUUUCCCUACCUUUAUAAGUUAUUAGAAGUGAAUUGAGGGGCUCAGGUGUUUCUUCAAGAUAGGGGAUAGGUCAUUAACAGUUUUUGGGGAUUCAUUGCAUAUUCCUGUUGGGGACUACUAAGCAUGUCCCAAGGCUUAGAGCACAGUGUGGGGCGAGGAUUAAGGACAGAGUUGGUGGUGGGAGAAUAGUAGUUAUUGAUAGUAAGGCCAGAGAGGACCAUCUCAAGAGAGUAGAUGAUGUUCUCAUAGUGGAAAUGCUUUUUCAUCAGCCACCGACAGUGUUAAUGUGACAUAAAUCUACUCUACCUUGGAUAGUUCUGAUGUAUAGAUGGGAUCCAGUCCUAGACUCUUUUCUGCCUCUGUAGAGGGUGUCAUUUUUGGGUAGAAGAGGGGCAAUGUAACCCCCUGCAGACAGUUUAAUGCACCUAAAGUAGUCUGCCCAGCAGCCUGGACACAAAUAUGGUCCAGUAAAACUCAGGAAGUUACUUUGCUGAUAUAAUGCUUUUAUUGUCAUUUUGAAGGUAGAAACAAGGAGACGAGAGAAGACAGUAGAGUCUCUCGAGGUUUCCGACUCUGGAAAUCAUACCUGUGUCAUUAAGUAAUAAAAUAAGCACAAUCCUAUUAGUGCAAUAUCUUCA